AUGGCCAAGCUGGCCACUCGCUACCCUCGAGUUUACGAUCGACUCUUGGAGGAUGCAUCGAGGGCUGCCGACUUUGAGGCCCACGUGCAGCGAGCCGGCUUCCAGAUGGCCACGGUCAAGGACGCGGGGACUCAGCGACCAGCUGAGAUCAUUGCCCUCCGCUCCAAGGCGGCACUGGACGACCUGAUGGCCAAGUGCGCGCUGGACCUGCAGCAGGCAUAUCUGGCCUCACGUGAGUGGGGCGUCAGCACUGUCUUGACCAUGCGGGGUCGGGACAAGUUGCGUCGCUUGAGCGACACGACCUUUGCCAUUGCGGUCGUGUCCAUGAUGGGUUUUGGCCUCCAUGAACUCAUCAACGUCAAGCCGACGGACAAGUGCCCGCUCUGCAGCAGCAAGACACCUCAGCCGCGACUAACCCGCGAGCACCUGCUGACCUGCCGUCCCAUCAAGCGACACAACGCCCUUCGCGACGAGAUGGGCCGCCUGCUCAGGUACGCCACCCUCUCCCAUGUCUGGGUGGAAAAGUCUGGCUACAACGCCAACGGUCAGAGCUGCCGCAUCGACCUGCACUGCCGCAACCCCUUUCCCGGCGGUGCCCUGGGCCCAGCUCUGCCCGACCUGGGCAUUGACGUGACUGUGCGCACAGCCCAACCCCCGACCACCUCGCAAGCCUGCAUCAAGCACUGCAUUGAACUCGCUGGAAAGGUUCCGAAACUGUAUUGA